CGGCACCGAAGGUGUGGAGUAUUUACGCUGCUAUGGGCUGUAUGAACUGAUAUUGUUGUGAAAGGGAAGCUUGUCAUGCUGUCGAGACGGAUGGAGACUCGGGAGACAGUGUGAAUUCAAAUUUCGCACCGGGUCUGAUGCCGAUAUGGUGGAGGUAGGACCUUGAAGCAAUCCAACAACCAUGUUACAGCGUGUCGUCCAAAAAGAGGAGCACAAAAUCUUCAACAGUCAACAGUUUCAGACUGAGACCAUCCUGUUUUUGUGAUCAGGAGUCCCCAAACCAGGAGUCCGAGGCUGUGCUGCUGCUGUCCUCGUCGACUGAUUGUGCUCGUCUGUCGCAGAUGACCUGCGUUCCCCCUCGAUUCAUGAUUGCCCAAGUCCCUCAGAUGUCAGAAAGAGCUUGGAGUGAAUUUCCUUAUCGCCACCCGAGACAAAGCAUACAGUUAUUGAGUCGAAGAUCCGAAUUCGGCCGUACUUUCCAAGGUUAGAUUUCAUACUCGCUGCAUACUUAAUUUACUAGCAUUAUUGAUUAUCCGUACUUCAACGAGUCGCAUGCGACUUGUGCCGUGCCCGGUAUGCCCUUCCGCGAGACCUGAAUGUUUGAAGAGCUAGUGGGGCUGGGGAUCCUUUUAGCUAUCGAAGGACAUAUCGGUACCGCUCUGGAAAGCUUGUUGGACCCCCACGGACUCCCGAGCGAGAAGCUUGCUGGACAGCGACGGACUUUUAGGCGAGAAGCUUUCCUGACACCAGAUUCGCUACGUCGCACCUGGUGGGUCCAAGGGAACGGAUGAGGAUAGUGAGGCAUACUUGGGGGUCAAUGCGUUCUGUUGGAUCUUAUAAGACUUUUCUGUUUUUGGGUUGUUCACCGAAUGCUAGAGUGGAUUGCAUGACGAGGAUACGAG